AUUGUUUUGACUUGAACAAAUACCGAGUCUGAGUGAUAUGAAGAAUGAUUAGAUAUGCCAUGCAUGGGAUUGCAAUAAUAAUUGUAUUGGGAGGACGGCCGGCUGAGUUGAGAAAUCAUGGCGUAGCUUUACCUUGUUUACCCCAGCCCAGGGAGUGCGUGUGCUCGUAGAGCUAACUACUAGUACUUACUAGAAAGUAGAAGGUUCGAACAAACUACCACGCAAAGAAUAAUGAUGAUGGUCGGAACGAAACGACGAUCUGAUCAUGCAGCCGGUAACUCAUCACCAAAACGCGCCAAGCAAAGCACGUCCGAUGAGAAUGUUUUCAGACGCACACUUCGGAGACUUGGUCUUCACAUGUCCAAUGGGUGUUCUUACGAACUUGAUCUGGAGCAGGCAAUAUUCCUUCGGCGACUGACUGCAUCUUUGUCGGAUAGCAAUGAAGAGUUGAGGGAGUGUUUCUUGGAAGGCCUGCACGAGCACAUCGAGGACAGUGAAAGGCUCCAGCAGAGUGUCAUGUUCACAGCCCUGUCCAAUGAUUGCGGAACCGAGAGCCAAGAUCUUGCCGGUACACGCUGUGACAGUCUUCUACGCCUGUGUCUGUCUGUGGACAGCAUUCAGACUGCUGUGGUUGCUAUGAUGCUGGAGAAGCUGCCAGAAUUUGCAGAGGAUGAUGCUAGCACACAAACGGUGGACAUGCCUGCUGUGAUUAUUACACAGCUACGAUGGCUGGACCGAGUCGUAGAUCCAGAGGCACUCUCAGAGAAAUUGUUGGAAAUGAUUACGGUUACCAACAUUGCCAUACAGCGAGAGAUUGUUGCGGCGUUGCCAGAAAUAAUCACAGACAGCCAACAUGAAAAUGUUGCAAAGGCUUUGAAAGAAAUGCUGUUUGAAGAUCCACAGUUGACCGUAUGCAUCCUGGAUGCCCUAGCUAAUCUUAGCCUCUCCUCCCAGCUGCUCUCCGAGAUCCGUACGUCAGUGAUGAAAAUUCUUCCGUCUACACAAUCCAGCCAGCUGGCUGUUGUGUUGCGUUUCCUGCUGCAUUCCGUCGUGCCUAGCAAUGCUGUUGAGAUCAUAGCGGACGUCCGUGAGAAUCUAGACCUUGCCUCUUCAACCCCUGUCCCUGUGCUGACGUCCACCCCGGCAAUAUCUGCUUCACACACUGCUGCUGGUGCUGGUGGUGCUGGUUCUGAUGAAGGUGAAUUGCUGGCUGCACAGGCCUUGCACGCUUCUGUUCGCUUUCAGAAGUGUGUCGGCGAUGCCUGGCUGAAGGUCAUUGAACAAAUGCCGACCGUUGGCAAACACAAGCCUCUAGACCUACUGCUGAUGUUCAUCCUGCACCAGUGUCCGGGCAGACAUAAAGGUGUGGAGGCUCUGAUUCGAAGCAAAUGCCGCGACGGUCUCUUCCUGCCGGACCUCAUUGAGCAAACAUUUCAGAGCCAUACUCAGGCAUUGCAAGAGUAUUUCUCCUCCAUCGUGUCCAUUGCUGAGUCACUUCUCCGGUCCAUGAAUGAUGCUGUUGCCACAUUUGCUGAGACAUUGUACCAGCAAGUAUUCCUCAACUUUGCUAUCUUCCACCAGCAGGAAGUCAUCGGUGCUCUCGUUACUCAUGUUGGUGGCGGUCAGUCACACGAGGUGGACGCAGCACUCAGUGUCCUUUCUUCUCUAGUGGACACACAGCCCAUGUCCGUGUCACCAUUCGUAGUCUUUCUCAAGGGAAUGCUGGACUACCUGGAGAAUCUGUCUGUGACACAGCUGCGGCGGCUGUUUACGCUGCUCUCUCAGCUGGCGUUCUGCGGCGACUGCGACGCUGGCCACGUGGCUGACGACAUGCACAUCAUCAUUCGCAAGCAGCUGACUAACAGCAAGCUGCGCUACAAGAGAAUGGGCAUCAUCGGUGCUGUGUCUGUGAUCAGUGCCAUGGCCGCAGCUCGACCUGGCGAGACGGAAGCAGCCAUGACCAAUACGGAGACGAGUAGUCAGCCGUCAACACUCUCUGGUCAGACGUAUGAGCAGACUGUUGCGUUGCUGGAUAUGGUGCGGAGUAACUGUGUGCAACACCCACUGGCUGCAUCUCUCUUUUAUGAUGAGCUAACGGCAAUAGUUUGCCGUGGACGACUGGACAUGAAAAUACUGACGUGGAUUGCCGACUGUGUUGUAGCUGACUUUCAAGAUGCAUUCCUGAUGGAAUCAGAAAGUGCCUUACCACAAGCGUCACCAUUGGAACUGGGACUUGCUUACAACCUCGAUGUUGGAGAUGAUGGAAGCGUGGCUGUGAAUCUAAUGCCACUCUUGGCCAAGGUGCCAGCACCUAGUCUGUCUGCUCGAAUGUCAGACCAGGCAUGCCCCACAUCAUCUCUGAUCAGCAUGCCCUCGCAUUUCUCAUUGCUUCAGCAGUGUGAGAAGAUGCAGCAUUCGCAGAGUCUGGAAGGAAUUGACGCUUUGCUUGGCUGUCCGCUCGUCCUCUGCACGGAAAGUGUCAUGCAGAAGUUCCCUUCCCUGCCAACGGAGCAGAAGCUGAGAAUCUGUGCCAGUCUUCUGCUGGCUAUUAACUGGUGCCGUGAGAUAAUCAAUGCGUUUGCUACUCAGGAAGAUGGUGAAAUGAAGGGGAAAGUUGUGCAGCGUUUGCAGAACAUCACGCAUUUGGAGCAAGUUCUGGAGCGAUGCUUGGCCGUGACACCGUCAUUUGUACCUCCGCUGGCUGUGUUUGAUGAGGACAUAGCAGUCAAAUCAGUCGGUGAUGUCAUCAGUAGCAUUGCCGCAGCAAACGGGACCGGGAGUGCAGGUAGCGGUGGCGGCAAGCGAGGCAGGAAACCCACGAAAAAGAAGAAAGCAGCAGAUGAUGCAGCCGCCAAAUCUGACGACGUCUUGUCACAACAGGACCUUGAUGGCUCCAUUGCGGCUUCGGUGCCCUCCUCCAUUGCCGCAGCUGCCACUUCGUCCUCCUCAACACCUACCCUUCCGCCUGGCACUUGUCUUUUGUCUCAUUACCAGGCAUGUGUGAGGGAGUUAGACAUGGAUGUAUUUUGCCUCAUACAGCACACCUGCAUCACAAAGAAAGAGCUGGACUCCCAGAUGCACACGAAGACUGUUGAAGUCAUUUCCAUGCAACCACCGCAGCUGUUGCUCUUGCUGUCCGACUUGCGGCGGAAACUCAACCAUAUCCUACCAGCAACAGUGUCUGCGCGUGGAUCUUUCCUGAAGGCCAAGCAUCGCACUCCGCCGUCAGGGUUCACACUGCUGCAGCGCUUCAAGCCGGCUGAAGUUGCUCGUCGUGUAUUGGACAUGCUACCCUGGUUGUGUGAGCAUGUUGAAUGGGCACAUGAGUUCUUACAGAAACUAAACGAUGGUAAUGGUGAUGACGACCUGGACGAUGCAAGCUUUGCCGAGCUGAUGGAUUGUGGAGAGAGCAAAACCGUGCGCGAGAUAUAUCGGCAGAUCAUGAAGAUCAUCACCAUUCUGCUUUCAUGGAAUGGCUUAUCUAGUCUAAAGGUGGUGCGACGUGACAUCUAUCGUGCCUUUGCCGCUCGACUGGACAUUGGUGAGAGCAAGAAAAGUCAGCACCUCAGCUUCCUAGCCAGUCAAUCAUUCCAGUACUUGCAGAACUUCAGCACCACUCUCCCGGAUCUCAGCACAGCAACACUACUCUGUCAGCAGCUCCAGGUUCUGCGUGACGAAGUGGAUACUACUGCAUUAUCAGCGGAGCUAAGUGAGGUUGCUGGCUCUUUUUUGCAAAAGGAGUGGCCGUCGGAAAAGAAGUCCACGAAGGCGAACGAGUCUCUGGUGUUCUUGUUGAAGUUACACAUAACAUGUGCUGAAGACCCGCUGUCAGUCAUGGAGACGAUAGCCGGCAAGGCAGCACCAGAGCUACUUUCCGAGGACAUACACCAGACAUCCCUCUACCCUACGUUGAACAGGUUGUCUUUCCCGUCGUUCUAUCGAUGCUUGCUCCAUGAGCUUGUUGCCCUGCUGCGUUCCCAGCCAGCGCCUAGAGCUGCUGAUGCCAUGGAGGUGAAACGUGAGCAGCUCACCAAGUUGCAGCUCUUUGUUGGUGUCUUCUACAUCUUGAUUAACCUUGUGAAGGCAUUUGAUGUUCGUCCAGUCCUUGGCAAUGCUUUGAAGUAUGGGAGAAUGUUUGUGGAGACGUUCUUGCGCCUGGGCAUGCCUGUCUUGGACUCUACCUUCAGAGUUAGCAAGGAGGACGUGCAGUCUUUGCUAAAGACACUUCAGCAGAGCACACGGUCGUUGCAUCACUUCUCUGGGCACUCCAAGGUGAUGAAAGACGUAGUACUGACUAACCAUGUGCCGGCUUUGAAGAAGUGUUUGGAAGCGUUUGUAUUCAGGGUCAAGGCUAUGUUAUCAGUGAAUGACUGCCACCAAGCUUUCUGGAUAGGCAAUCUGAAGAAUCGUGAUAUCCAGGGAGAGGAGAUCCUUUCGCAGACUCCCCAGCAGGUCGAUGAUGCUGGAAAUGAAAGUGACCAGCAAUUAUCAGAGGAAGGCUCAGAUUCGGAGGAUGAAGGAUAGUCAUGGCCCCUCUCUCUGAAUUGCUGGCGUAUAAGAAGACUCAUGGCUGCUCUCUGAUCUGCUGUAUGGCGCCGAGGCCUGUAGUGAGUUUGAGGAUGACAAGUCCGAGCUGGAGAGGCAGGAUUCACGACUUCGUGCGUGUUUCAUGUGGUCUCAUUCAACCGUCAAGUAGUGUUGUUUCUUGUUCCAUGAUAUGAACCGAUCCCUAUCCUCGUUCAAGUACUAUAGAAUUCUACAAGUGCCGUGCCAUGCCACAUCUGUUUAGAAAUAUCACAGGUCACCCAGGAGGAAGCCAUCGUAUUCUAAAAGUUUAUUCAAGUUUUUUAACCUAUCAUUUUACUUGUAGGCUGGUCAAUACAUUAUUAGGACUGCUGGACUUCAUGCAGCAUCUUUUCCUGAUGUCAUGAAACAUGAAACAGCAUACACUUUAUACUGAGUGAAUAGUGCAAGGAAACAUCUGAUUUAUGCUAUAGUCAUCUUUAUGCGAACAUGAGGUUUUCUUCUUUUUGUUUUCCUUUUUCUGUCUGUAAAUAAGAGUCGUUAUUGAGUGCAACCCGGUUAAAACGCAACGGAUACUUGAGCUAUCGCAUUGGUACGGGUGCACUGCAAGUGCGAGUCUGAAUGUGAAUGGCUGCGUUGGUUUUGUCAGCUCUGGUCCAAGCUAAUGAUCGACUGUGUUUAGGGCUGCUGUGAGUGAUUUCGAGGAAUGCGUGACUGUGUACAUCAUGAGUGGCUCAGGCGGGUCCGAAGCGGGUUGCCUCUCCCCUGUCGUUUUUCCCCCAUAAGGCUAGUGUUCCGUUAUCUGCCUGCCAGCUGUCACUAGCAGUAAUGGCCAGUUUGAAUGAGCAGAGGUUUAAAACGCUGGGCUUCUGAUGUCUGUGUUGUCUAGUAUUGUAUGCUACAUGUAUUCUUGGCAUUUUGGAACCACCUUAGCCCAGCCCAACUCAACUUAUACUAGUGUUGCGCUCUGUUGCCAACUCGGGCAAAUGCAUAGACAUGAUAUGAACUAGACAGCCAUGUCAUUAAUUUUCUGCCCGCAACAAUAGCACACUGUACAGCAUUGCAUAUCUCCAUGGUGCUGAUCCAUGCAGGUACCGCGUACCGACGCUAGCGCUGUACGGUAUGGUCAAAUAAGGCGUUCAGUUUUUGGAUUUUCAGAUUUUUGACAGGGAAGUGUCAGUUGGCAAGUCAGCGCUUUAGCUUUGCUGUUUGGACAUCACAACCUUGGCUGGCCCGAGGUUGCCUUGCUACUGUGCUCGAAGUCCGGGCGUUUCUGACUUGGUCAUGUACUAGCAUAACCUCGAGAUCACGUACCAUCUGGAUCAGAAGCAUAAUUGACUUGGGAUUCGCGGAGCUACAGCAGUUGGCGUUGUAGUACUUCCGAGAGGAGAGAGGGAGAGUUGUAACUCAAAUCGUUCUUAUUUAUUUUAUCAGAUUCGCUUUUGGAAGUAGCACCGCCAGAUAGUUGUGUGAAUAUACACCAAGGGAGGGAUCGCCGUUCAUCAUGCGUUACUUUAUCGUACUAACUGUGUUUGCAGCGGUUACGCUGAGGUUUGCUAAUGGUCAAGUUUGCUCACUACCAUCAUCCGCAUCGCAAUGUCCGAAUACUCGAUCAUCAGGUUGUUGCACCUGGGUACCGGAGUAUCCGAAUAACCAGACAGUGUUCAAAGACCAUACGUUGAACUUCACAGAGAAUGACGCAUGCCGCCCUCUUGGCUUCGUAUUCAGCACAUACUACUUUCAGCCACAGCAAGGAAUUGCUCAGCCAUGCGCAAGAAUCAACUGUAACUUGGAUGGCAAUGGCCAGUGUAGCGAGUGGGCUAUUGUACAUAUUCAGACCAACAAACAGCUAUGCGCUGAAUUCCAGGUUGAUGGCAACACAGUUGGAAGCCGUAUAUGCCAAGAUAGCAGCUUUUCGUUCUGCCGCAAGAUCCCCGGUGUAGGAUCGCAGGUGGUGACCGUCAAGUUUUUCUGCACUAGCUGUGCGGAAAGUGAUGUCAGUUUCUGGUACAGGAUUAUCACAUUCAACACUGCCGGCCAGGAUGCCAAUGACCUGUGCCCACUGCAGCCUAACAUGUUUCCCGACGAUCUUAUCCAACUGCCAGCCAACCAGGACCCUCGCAACCGGAACCCAACCAUUGCUCCAGCAACCACUUCUGCCGCGUCUUCGCUCUACAUGCUUAGCUGGUCUCUUUGGCUGGCCGUGGCAUUUCUAGCUUACCUCCUGCACUAGAAGCUCGGCAUUGUGAUAGAGUUUAGAGUGCUAUCAUGAGAGUCGAUCAGGGAAAGAGAGGAUCUAAGAGGAAACUGCAUUACCUGCUGCUGUGUGUGACACCUCGCUAGGCAAGCUGGCCUCGCCUUUCUCCCGGUGUUCGCUACUACAGUAUGAGGACUGAGAAGUGAGUGAGUGAGAGAGAGAGUUUUCUGUUGAGCACUGGACCCAGCGACUCUUGGUCCAGAACUGAACAGUGUAUUGUAAUCAUUAUCUCCGCAAUACUUUUUUUUUUAAAGACAGUUGUUAGCAGAUUAUGCAUCUUCUAGCUAGUAAGUGUAGGUUUUUAAUGAGCACAUACUGUAGGUGCACUGGUGGAGUUGGUGCUGCUGUCCCCAUUGUGCUGGACACAGGGGCAUGUUAGCCAGAUUCCCUCUCUGCACACUACUGGCCAAGCACUCUUCCUUUGUGCUGACAUCUGCCCUCCAUCUUCUCACCCUGUCCUCCACUCUUGCUUGUUCCAGCUACUUAUUUCUUCCUUCAGACUGCAGUAAGAAAAACGUCUCAAGACUGUUCUCAUUAUACAUUGCAUUGUGCAGAUGGCAAAGUGAAUUAGAUCUUCCAACUGUUGUGUUGUGGAGAACCACUCCUAUGUUUACAAAGUACACCGUUCAUCCAUGGUGUGUUCUUUUUCUUCCUUUACAAGUUUAUUUCACAUACUGGUGGAGAACCGCUG